AUGCCAACACUAAUGGACCUGCAGUCACCUGCAGUUUCAGGGGAGCUUCUCAGCUGUCUCAACUUGGUGCUGGGCAUCGUUUUCUCUACUGGGUACAAUGCUGGUUCCUUCCUUUUGACAGCUGCCAGUGCAGCGCGGUGCCUGAGGUGCGAUGGGGGAUUUCACCCAAUGAAGGACUCACGAGCUCUGCUUGCCAAGGGCUCUGGGAGCAGCAAGGCAAUAAUUAUCUUCACUUCUAUCAUUAAUUACCUAAUUUUUACCCCUCUCAUGGUUCUCUAUUUGAUCUUGUUCAUUACCAUCCAAAAGAGGCCUCCGCAGCAGGGCCCCCCCAUGAGGCUUGACCUCGGCAUUGUUGUCACUGUCAUGGCGUUCCUCAUCUUUGCCGUGCCUGUCAGACUCACAAGCGCU